AUGGGCAAUUCAAGAAGUAAUUAUGAACGACAUGAAGAUGAUGAACAACAACAACGAAUUGUUAUUGGAAAAGAAUUUCGUCUUGUUCUUGGACAACUUAAUCUAUCAUCGGAUUUAGUAAAACGAAAAAAAAUUCUCUUAAAUAAUAAACAACAACGUCGUGGAGAAAUUUCAUCAUCAUCAUCAAACUCAACAAUAACAUCAUUAUCUUCGUCCGAUCAUUCUCAUACAUCUGUUUCUUUAAUUCAACUCGAUAUACCAACUUCUCCAUCCGAUUCUAAUGAACUCGAUAUUCAUGCACUUAUGCAAUAUCUAUCAAAUCAAGAAGUCGAUGGUAAAGAACUUUCACAUAUGUUUAAAAUUCCAUUCAAUACAACUAAUAACAAAUCUCGAGCAAAAACAUUACCAACACUUAAAAUAGCUGCUGUUUAUUACGAUCAACCUUGUGCAACUAAUGAAUUGAAUAUUGAACUAAUUUCAUUACAACAUGAAAAUAAACUUGAACAAAAUUUACAAAAAUUUUAUGAGAAAAAUAUCUUAUCUAUUUAUACAUCAAAAUCAACAGCCUAUGUAAUUUAUACGAAAAAUUUAUCUUUACAUAAUAACUAUAAACUCAUUUGUUCGGUAACAAUGUCAAAAACAACACUUGAAAAUUUUGAAUGGCUUCAUCCAUUUAUUGACUACUCAAAUUUAGGUUAUCGUUUAUGUGGAAUAAUUCCGUUUAUUAAUUCUUCAACAGAAAAUUCAUUUACGAUUUAUUGGUUAUUCGAACAAAUCGAAACAAAUGAAAGUAUUCAAUAUGAUUAUUCAAUAAUUGAAUAUCAAUUAAAAUCAUCUUCAUUUACUAAUUGUCUAUCAUUACUUAAUUUAAUGUCAAAACAUGAAUGGAAAUUAGUAGCAACAUUUGAUUAUAAUCAAAAGAAAAAAAAUGGCGAACAAACAUAUUUUUUACUUUUUUUUCAAAGAUUAAAAAAUUAA